AUGUCGCACACUGCAGGAAUGGACACGGGCUUGCCUGUACCGGAUGUCAUCCCUCCGCUCGAAGAACUUCAAGAAAACCUGGUCCUAGACCUCGUCCAGGAGGUUAAAUUUCAACCGGACCUCAGUCAAUUACCUAUAACAACACAGGACGAUGAGAUAACGAUUGGUGCUCGAGACAGAUCUGCUCAUGAACUAAGAUGCCUAAAAGUGAUGUACGAUUUGUCUUCAGACGUAUUUUUCAUUGCGAUAAAUCUGAUAGACCGAUUCCUGACUAAAAUGAAGGCAAGGCAGAAGCAUAUGGCCUGCAUCUGCGUGUCAGCCUUUUACAUUGCUGCUAUCCAACGGAUGCACUCUAUAGAUGCCGAACACCUAAUCUCGAUCUCACAGUGCAGAUGCACAGCUGAUGACUUGAGGCGCAUGUCGGAGGUGAUACGAAAUAAAUUGGAAUGGGCACCCGGCACUGAACCCACUACCGCUCUGACUUUUCUACAGUUGUUCAACAAAAUGUUUCAUGCGGUAGCGGAGCAAAUGCAUCUUGGCGACGUGUAUAUCAAUAUCGUCAAGGAAUCUGAAUUGAUCCUCAGAUUGGAAAUGGUGGCUUGCAAUGGUAGUUGCGCGAGUCUCAGGCCCUCCGAGGUGGCUCUGGUAUUACUCUGCACUUAUUUGGAUGCUGCUGUUAAUCGACUGAAUGCAAAUGCAGACGCCACCGUGUCUGCCGACGACCCACUCUCACAUAACACAUCUGUCAUUACGUCGUCCUAUCAGAUGCUGAAAGACGAACUCAUGCAGUUUGCUGUGGAGCUCCGAGAGAAAUGCAAUAUUUCAGAGGAGAGUUUCCACUCCACUCACGGAACAGUGGGCGCUGUACUGAGCAAGUAUAACGCCCAGGAGCAAACACCUCAUAGACAGAAACUAAUCUGGAAACUUUCAUCUCGCACUGCAGGUGUUCUACGUCCAACCGACAAUUUCAGAUCUGUACUACCAGCGAUCGCGGAACACGCGCCGAUUCCGUCUCCAAGCAGGAUCAGAAAAACUCGUAAAUACGCACGACGCCAUGGCAAUAAGAGACGUUAA